UUAUCAAGAUGCAUAUUAUGAACCAAUAGAAAUUGGAGAACCAACACAAUCUUUUAACGUUAUAUUCGACACCGGGUCUAGUGCUCUUUUGAUUCCAAGUACAACUUGUAAUUCACCUGAAUGGGGUAAAAUAUCAGGAAUUGAAGCGUCAUCAGAUUUAAUUAUUACAGGUCUUAGGUUUACAAACCAAAAUUUUGGGAUUGCGGAUAAAAUCAAUUUUAGUGAAUUUAUUUCUACUCCAUUCGAUGGUUUAAUGGGAAUGGGAUACGGACAAAAAAUAAUAACCUCACUUAAAGAACAAGGUUUAAUUGAUUCACGUCAAUUCGCUUUCAAGUUCGGGAGAGACGGUGAAUCAUUGAGUCAUUUGACGAUCGGUAGUACAGACCCUCCUUGUACGUGGCGUUAG